AUGCCUUUCCAACUCCCAUAUGAAUGUUUAAACGAAAUUUUGAAAAAUUUGAAAGUCGAAAAGGAUUUACGUUCAUGCUCAUUAGUUAAUCAUUUUUGGUGUGAGGUUUCCAUUCGAAUUUUAUGGAGAAACAUUCAUAAUUAUAAUCUUUUAAUCGGUUGUUUUUCCGAUGAAUCUAAAGAAAUUUUACGCAAGAAUGAUAUCAUAAUAUCAACCUCAACUUCAAAACCUCUCUUCUUUGAUUAUAUAAAGUUCAUCAAAAAUCUUUCGGUGCACGAUACUGUUUGUGGAGUUCUCAAAUUUCUUAAAGAUCAACAACCUGACGAUGAUAAUAAAAAGUUUGUAGUAACACAAGAGAUAUUUAAAAUGCUCAUGGGUCAAGUUACUUUGAAAAAACUAGAAUUUUGUUCUAGAAGAUUUCUCAUUCCAAAUAUACCGAUCACCACUUAUCCUGGAGCGAAAGAUUGUUUGAAAAAUCUUUCGGAAUUUGAUUGUAGUUCGAACAUUGAUUCAGAAAUUUUCUAUCAGAUGUCACGAAUCUGUCAUAAUAUAGAAUCAUUAAGCAUCACUUUGGAAGAUAUAAUAUCAAAUGGAUUAGCAGAACUGAUUUCGGUUCAAAAAAAUUUAAAGUGCUUGAACAUAUUGCAUGAAAGUUCUGAUGUUAUGUACGUACCUCCUCUAAUAGCAAACAUAAAUGAUACUGUUAUCAAAUUACGCUUGGAAGGAAGAUAUCUUAUCCCUUUGUCAUUUAUUUCUAAACUCAUCAAUUUACAAGAACUUUUAUUAUCAUUUCGUUUCGAAGGCUUUGAAGAUAUGGAAUACAUGACCCUUCCAAACUUGCAAAUCUUAAAAUUUUAUUAUAAUGUUUUGAUUCCUAAACCUUUAAUUAUAUUUUUUGAGAAUAGUGGGAAGAAUUUAAGAGUACUUGAUCUUCAUAAUACCAAUGACAAUUCAUUGAAUUUGGCUGUAGCAAAAUUUUGUUCAAAUCUGAGGUCAUUACGCACUGUCAUUCUAGAUGUAGAAUCUACAACAUUGAAGGUAAUUUUACAAGGCUGUCAAAAAUUAGAAAGCAUUUAUCUUUUAUGCGGUUCUAAUUAUUUGAAUGAAAGCAUCUUGUUGGAAAUUAUCGUUAACGAUUCACCCAGAAAUUUUCACGAGCUAAAAAUGGAUUAUGUAGGAGGUUUUGAUCAUAUAUUUUUUCAAACAGCAUUGGCUCCCGUUUUUAGAAGAUGGGAGAACCGUACACCGAAAAAUACACUUUCGUUGUUUAUUAUUGGAAUUUGCGGUAAAAGUAUUAGAAGAGCCAGUAGUAUUGUAAUUAAAAAAUUUCAAAAGUCGGGUAUUAUUAAAUUUGGAACCAUCAAUUCUUUUUAA